UCUUGUUUGUGGCUGUAGAUACACAAGCAGCUUCUAUAGUGUGUGACUCACACAUGUAUACAUACCAUAGCAUCUCAUUCUCAGCAGAUCAUGCAAACCAGACGUGCUAUCAACAAUAUGGUGGUCGGCCAUUGUCUACAGACGGGCAGCAACUCAGCUGUGCCUCAAAACUGCUGAACACAUCGCAAGUCUUGCAUGACAACAACGUCAGCUACAUACCGGUAUACACCAACGCCACUAAUGGGUCUCAUUGCACUACCUACCGACCAUCUACUAACACAACACAUCAAGACUCCUGCACCGCGGCACGUCCCACAAUCUGCGUAUCCUGGUACUGCAAUAGCAUUUACAACUUGUUGGCGGUACCUGGUGAAGACCGGUGUGUGUGUAGACCCGGUUAUUUUAUCAGCACACCCGCACACAGCUGUGAAUCCAUCGUCGACAAGCUAAAUAUGUACGUUACUGGCGAAGGGUUUGGGAGUUCAAACGUCACUGUUUUCAGCUUGAUUGAUUCAGAGUGGAGGGUGCACCGUGUGUUCACACAGAAUACACUUUACCUGCUGGCUAAUCUGUCUUUACCAGAAGGGAAAUUUGCCAUCAGAUCUGCUGAGCGGAUCAUCUACACAUUUUCCGAAUCUCUUGCUGACACUGUUGCAGCAGAGCUGGCCGAGAAUCGCUCCGAAUUCUUCAUGGUGAACAACAGCUCGAAUAAUAUCCUUCCCACAGACCAUCUCCGCAGCUACCUGGUCAACUUAAGUGUUUGGUUUCGGCCGUACAAAGUCGAGUGCGUUAACAUUCCUAGUACAAACCAGUCAGACACCUGUAGUUACAGUGUGUUCAAUGAGUCAGUCCCGUUCAAGGAUGGCCUGUACGAGUUUGCCCUGUCUCCACACAAUUCUACACUACUUAGUAUACCUGUUCUAUACACAGUUUAUCCAAGACCAACUACCACUGUACCUCGGAUGACCAGCAUGCCAGGUAACAAUGCUUCUUCGUCGUCAGACGGUAAGCCAUCACCGAGCAGUGAAGGAUCACAACCAUCUAUGAUCAGUUCCUCGCCAAGCGGAACUGAUGUUGCCCCACCGGCGAAAGCCAGCAUGGUUGGUCUGUAUAUUGGCGUUGGCGUUGCAGUACUAUUGGCCGCACUCGUUCUCAUAGUCUGCCUGAUGGUGGUGGUACAUCAUAACAAGGAUGGAGUUAGUCUCCAGCAUCAGAGAUCAGGAGCUCUGGAAGCUGCAGGUGAGAGGUCAGCAAACAACAGACCUACAUCUGGCACCGGGAUGCGUUACCAGUCUGUCAAGCAUGGUUCUAGUUCAUCGGUUACAGCCACCAACUCCACUCAGGAAUCUACUGCAGCCGCUAGCAGUGCUCAGCCAUCAGCACUGCAUACAUCCCAGGGUCACAACUACGACAAUAUAGAGCUCACAGCACACCCUACCAGCACUGUGCCAUCAUCUACGGGUGCCAUGGCAACUCCACCUGGCUCUGGCAAUGAGGAGCUGUCUCUUCAUCGCCCCAACAGGAUCCCAGAUGCCGCUGUUGAACGUGCAGCCGACAAUGAUUAUAUGGCUCCACAUGACCUCUGUCUUGCCAACGAUGCUGGAGAGGAUGAUUUGAUGACCGCUGCUGCAACCACCAGCAUGGUCAGCACACCCAACACCAACCUGGCCGCCACUCCCAAGUCAACCACUGUCACCGCCGCUUACAAAUCCGCCACCACUCCAAUCACUGACGCGAGUGUGUCAUCGGCUGGAACAAGUGCAACCACUCCUGUGUUCCAGUCGGAGGAAGAAGCUCGAGCAGCAUCGCUACCAGCAGCCGUCGCAGGGCCAGUGUAUACGGAAGUCUUUCUGACCAAAAAGUUGACUCAGGCUGAAUGUGAUGUUGAACCAAAACGAGUCUUAGCCAACCCCACUGCUGAAAGUGUUGGACUAGCCUCGGAUCAAGACUCCUAUGACAGUUCUAUACGUGGCAGUAAGCCGCCUCGAACAGACUACACACCUGUAAUUGUGUACAGCAAGAAGACCCAGAACUUCUGUCGAGGCAGUGUAGAAGAGUGACCAGUGGAAUUGUCGGAAACCUUUGCCUUUCCAUCAGGCUGGACUUCAGUGCAUUUCGUUGCUAGGAGAGAGCAAGUGAAUACGAUUGCUUUUCACAUCUCCACUUCGAAUCCAUUCGCCAUGCUCAACAUCCCCACUUCGAAUCCAUUCGCCAUGCUCAACAUCUCCACUUCGAAUCCAUUCGCCAUGGUCAUCACUGCAUGACGCACAGCCACAUGUUUCUCUCCUUGCAACAUUGAAGUUAUCAUGUAAGCGUUUCCCCUCACAUAUCAUUUUCGUCUUCAUUUUCCCCUCGCAUGUCAUUAUCGUCUUCGUUUCCCCUCGCAUGUCAUUCUCGUCUUCAUUUUCCCCUCGCAUGUCAUUCUCGACUUUGUUUUCCCCUUGCGUGUCAUUCUCGUCUUCCUCUUCUCCGACUGUUCUUGGUCACGGCCAUUGCAGCAUCAUGUGCAUUCGUAUUCUGCUGCAUGACUGCAUGUACUCGCCUUCUUUGCCCCACUUCUCCUCUUUCCUUCACUUGAACCAUCAGUUUUGUUUUCAGUUUUCCUGUUCUGAUUUCCGACAUCCUUGCUGUUGUUUUUUAGCCGACCUGCAUGUGUGAUAUCCGGUGUGUGUGUGUGUCAUUCUCGUCUUCCUCUCCUCCGAUUGUUCUUGGUCAUGGCCAUUGCAGCGUCAUGUGCAUUCGUAUUCUGCUGCGUGACUGCAUGUACUCGCCUUCUUUGCCCCACUUCUCCAUCACUUGAGCAAUAAUUUUUGUUUUCAGUUUUCCUGUUUUGAUUUCCGACAUCCAUUUUGUUGUUUUUUAGCCGACCCGGAUGUGUCAUAUCCGGCGUGUUUGUGUACUGCAACUUGUAGCACGCCAUCUCUCUUCCCUUACUGGUGGCACACCAUCUGGCAUUUCUCUUCCCUUGCUAGUGGCAUCAUCGUACUAUAACUUGAUUGGCAAUUCUCUCAGCAGUAUAUCAAAUCUUCGGGACUCAGCAGGGUGCCAAUAUGUAGCAGCUCAGUUGCUUGCAAUGCAUGCAUGCAAUCAACACCUUUUCAAUACACCCAUUCAUACUCUUCAUUCAUUUUUCCUGGUGUUCUGGACGUCAAGCACCUCUCUUUAAAAUGCCUUUUCACAUGGUGCUUGCUGACAAUACAUUCAAUUUGCAAUUUGUUUUCGUUUUUAAGUGUCGGCAGCAGCUGAGGCAAAAGUGUAUUAGGUUUUGAAAUUCAUCAAUUUUUCACCAGUGUGUUUAUGUUAGGCCGGCAAUUCUGUGAAUUUGAUGUUCAGAAUUUGAAAACAACUCUUACACGUGUUCACGCUAUAUCCACAGUAAUGCUUUUGAACAACUUUACCAUCCUAUUUAAAAUGAAUUUUUUAUCACCAUCUUUCUAUUUCUGACCGACUUACGCUAGCGCAGGCCGAUCAA